AUGUCGCAGAUCGUUGCAGCGUGUGGUCGUCGAUUUUGGCUCUUAUUUUCGCAUCCUCGCAUCCUCUCAUCCUCGCAUCCUCCCAUCUUCUCAUCCUCGCAUCCUCGCAUCCUUUCAUCCUCGCAUCCUUUCAUCCUCGCAUCCUUUCAUCCUCGCAUCCUCGCAUCCUUUCAUCCUCGCAUCCUUUCAUCCUCGCAUCCUCGCAUCCUUUCAUCCUCGCAUCCUCGCAUCCUUUCAUCCUCGCAUCCUCUCAUCCUCGCAUCCUCGCAUCCUCGCAUCCUCUCAUCCUCGCACCCGCUUGUCAUUGCCAGGGGCGUGUUCGAGUCGGUGAAGGCGGCGGUGGGUGCGACGUCCGUGCAGGCGUUCGGCAUCGCAGGCGACACUGUGGACGACGUGCGCGAGAGAAUCGAGGGCGGCGAGUUCCCCGCAUCGCUGCAGCUGCGAGUGGCGGUGGUGUGUGCGGGCAUCAACGACGUGCUACAGGGGAAGACCAGCGCCAGUACCACGGCCAGCAAGGUUGCAUCGCUGGCGAUCAGUGUGCGCAAGGCACACCCCUCCACCUCCGUGCUCGUGCUGGGACUGCUGCCCGAGGCGGCCACGAGCAAGAACGCGUCACUGCCUGACCCUGUGCCAGCCCAAGUGAACGUCAUCCUCGCCUCGGCUCUCCAAUCAGUGGACGGGGUGUCGUUCCUCGACUGCUCAUCUGCCUUCACCAACCCAGGAGGUUUCAUCAAUGCACCCGCCUACGCGCCUGACUCCUUCCGCUACCUGGACCUGUCAGCAGCGGCCUACAAGGCAUGGCCUUCCCAUCUGCCCCUCUCGAGUCCCUCAGAACGCUGCUCCACGUUCUCGCUCCUCCCACCAACUGCACUGCGUGCGUGCCCUUUCCCCAUCCCAACAGGACUCCUUCCGCUACCUGCAUCUGUCAGCAGCGGGCUACAAGGCAUGGUCGGGGUGCUUCUCCCCGCAGGUCAAGACCAUGCUCAAUGCCUUCUCUCUUCCCCCUCUCCCUGCCUUCGUUUUCCUCCCAUCCCAUCCCAACCCAUACCACCCCAUCUCACCCCAUCGCAACCCAUCCCAUCCCACCCCAUCCCAUCCCAUCCCAUCCCAUCCCAUCCCAUCCCGUCCCAUCCCAUCCCACCCCAUCCCGUCCCACCCCAUCCCGUCCCACCCCAUCCCGUCCCACCCCAUCCCCACAGAGAAGCAUCAGCCAGCCCUGUCAUAACCACGUCCCCAGUCCGCACGCCCUCCACCCCUCCCAUCUCCGGCGUUCCUCCCUCCAAGCCCUCGCCUCCGCCUCUCAAGUCGCCCCCCACCACCUCGCCACAGCCCUCCGACUCAUCCCCUCGCAAGCAGCCGUCGCAGCAACCACCAAAGGAUAAGGCACCGUCCGCCAACUCAACAAAAUCAAAGUCACCACCCACCAAAGCUUCUCCCUCCAAAUCCCCUCCCUCCAAGUCUCCUCCUUCCAAGUCUCCUCCUUCCAAAGACACUUCUGCCAAAAACACUUCCGCCAAAGCACCCCCCACCAAAGCCCCGCCCUCCAAGGCGCCCCCAUCCAAAGCUUCCCCCUCCAAAGCCCCUCCCCAGCAAUCAUCCCCAGUCAAGCCCCCCCCAGCUGCGCCCUCCCUCCCAUCCCCUGCUGCUCCCUCCCUUCCCUCUCCUUCCCCAUCCAAGCUCCCCGCCGCCUCCACACCCAACCACACUUCCGACACUCCUGCCAAGCUCCCUGCCAACCCCUCUGCUUCCAAAAGCCGUUCCCCUCACAAGUCCCAUGCAAAGAAGCAGUCUCCUUAUAAGCAGGCCCCCUAUAAGCACGUCCCGUCAAAGGAGCCACCAGCAGCUGACCUUCCUCUGCCUGCCUCUGAGCCUCCUCCUAACAAAACGGGUAACUCCAGUAAAAGCCCAAACACUGGGUCUAAACCUGCAAACCACCCGUCCGAACCUGCUGCGGAGCCCAGUCCCAAGUCGUUCAAGCCUGGACAAAACACAUCCGAGCCUGACCCGAGCCAUUCUGAUCCCGAGCCUGGCCUUUUAAAGCCUGCGGGAGGUUCUUCCGAGCCAAGAGACAGUCCAUCCGAACCUGAGCCGAGUCCAUCCGACGCAGAUGGGUCGUCAGGUUCGGGGAUCAAGAGGAUGAAGGGCCGAGACCCUGAGCACCCGUAUGAGCCUGGGGGAAGGAGCAGAGGGGGUGGGGCGGACAGGGGGAAUGGAAGCAGUGGGACCAGUGGUGGCAGCGGCAGUGGCAGCGGCAGCGGCAGCGGCAGCGGCAGCGGCAGCGGUAGCAGCGGUGGUAGUGGUGGCGGUGAUGGUGGUGGUGGUGGCAGCACUGGCAAUGGGACGAAUGGGGAUGUGACACAUGGGAAUGUGAUAACUGGGAAUGUGACACAUGGCAAUGUGAAAGAGGGCAACGUGACGGAGGCCUCUACCCUCCCCCACGCCGUCACUGCCUGUGAGACCCAGUUUCGCUGCCUCCCCUACCUCCUCUUCCCAAGCUUCUUCCUCCUGUCGCUACCCCUUCGUCUCCAUCCCCCUCUGCACCUGCUCAUCCCCGUUACCCAGAACUUGUCAUCCCUCCCCUAA